CGCGCGCUGGUUCGGGUUUCCCUGGCUUGGCCAGCUGCUGGUUUGCAGCGCGGGAGCGGAGGGUUGAGAAGGUUGCAGGAAGGAGCCGUGCAAGUGUUAAGGGCAGCACCGUGCAUCAUCAUCAUCAUCAUCAUUAUUAUUAAUACCCACGCCUUGCACAUUUCUUCUUAUUUUUUUUGGAAUAACUGGAAUAAUUUGAUAACUGUUAACGACUGGACGCGAGGAAGCACGUGGAUAAGGAUGUCUGAAAAGUGUUUUGGUUUUUGUUGUUGUUUUGGCACUGCAUGGCAUAUAGCGCCCUGAAGGUGUUUUGCUGCUGCUGCGCUGAAAUGCUGUUUGUUAAAAGAUUGUGUGCGUCACAUCUGAAGAUCAGCAAGAUGCCUCAUCGGUUCCAGAGUAACAAACGACCAGUUGCUCCCCUUGGGUCACGGAUUUUGUUGGAUCCUGAUAAAGUUUUUGAUCACAACAUGUGGGACCACAUGCAGUGGUCACAGGAAGAAGAAGAAAGAGCCAAGGAAAAAGCCACAGAGAAUUCACUCAUCAGAGUCCAACCAGAGCUGCAAGCAAAGUAUGAGAGAGAAGCCAGUAGAUACUGGAAUGAAUUUUACAAGAUCCACAAGAACCGUUUUUUCAAAGAUCGCAAGUGGUUGUUUGUGGAAUUUCCAGAAAUUCUUCCAGAAGGAAAAUCUGACCUUUGUAGAAAAGUGGCUACAGGAAACUUGAGAUGUACUGGUUUACUUGAAGACAACCAUCUUUGUGAGGAUAAUUCUGCUGCAGAAGUUUCUUCCAUUUUGAGCGCAUGUUGUGAUAACUCCGCAGCUGAUGAGCCAAUUGUCAGGAGCACGGGAAAACAAUUCCCUGGUGGUGAUGCUGCUUACCGAAUUUUAGAGGUUGGCUGUGGUGCUGGUAACAGUGUUUUCCCUAUUUUGGAAGUGACUCGCCACCAUCCCGGAGUCUUUCUGUAUUGCUGCGAUUUUGCUUCAGAAGCGGUGGAGCUCAUCAAGUCGCAUCCGCUCAUCGAUUCCUCCCGGAGUUUUGCCUUUGUUCACGACCUGUGUGAUGAUGCCUCACCCUACCCCUUCCCAGAUGACAGCCUGGAUGUCAUUCUCCUCAUCUUUGUCCUCUCUUCCAUUCACCCUGACAGGAUCCAAGGAGUUGUAAACAAGCUGGCCAGAUUAUUGAAACCUGGAGGAAUGAUACUCUUUCGAGACUACGGAAGAUAUGACGCUUCUCAGCUUCGUUUCAAAAAAGGCCGCUGCUUGUCGGAGAACUUCUAUGUAAGAGGCGACGGCACCAGAGCUUAUUUCUUCACGAAAGAUGAAGUACACACCAUUUUCUCUUUGGCGGGCUUAACCGAAGUGCAGAACCUGCUCGAUCGACGUCUGCAAGUAAACAGGAAGAUGAAGGUGAAGAUACAUCGGGUCUGGAUUCAAGGCAAGUUCCAAAAACCACGGGAGCUGACUCAAGAGUAGGCAAGAAAAUGCUGUGGGUAAACACAACUCUUAGCCUGAGCAGGCAUUUCUGCUCAAACGUCCUGAAAAACCAGGAACGCAUUUGAGCAGAAACACUUUAUUUACCAUUUCCGCAUAUGUCGGUAUGAAUGGGACACAACCCAGAAGUGUGUGUGUGUGUGUGCGUGACUUGCCUCUUGCACACUCAUUGUGAACGAAUUCCUACACUGCAGGGGCUAGUUGAACCUCGUAGUCCCUUCCAGCUCUACAGUUCUGUGAAUGAAACUGUUUCGGCUGCUUUUGUGUUCUGUUGAUUGCUGGAAAGCAAUUGGUUUCUAACCACUGUCCCGACCAGGAGAUUGAAAACAUCACUGGAGGGCCAAAGGUUUGGGUCAGGAUUUUGACAGUGAAGGGGUGGGGGUGGGGAAAGCUAAAGACUAAAAGUGGAGAAAAAGAUACCAAAGGGAAAAUGAAACCUCAAGACUAAAAAGAGGGGAAGGGAGGAUACCAAAACAAUUACGGGAAAGAGAAAGUUGAACUGAGCUCUCCUGCCCUUUGGAUUGGUCAGCAGGUUGGUAGGAGGUAAGGAAUGAAUGCAUAGAAGUAAAGCUGGAAAGGGGGAGUAAGAGCAUUAUUGUGGAAAUAAGAAAGCAAAACCCUAACCCCACCCCUUCCCACAAAUACAUUUAAACAGAUAUAGGAAGUUAAUCAGCCAAAGGCCAGGCUGAAGAGGAACGUUUUGCCUGGUGCCUUAAAGGUGUAUAAUGAAGGCACCAGGCAAUCCUUCCCAGGGAGAGCAUUCGACAAACGGGGAGCCCCUGCAGAGAAGGCCCCGUUCUCAUCUUGCCACCCUCUGGACACAAAGGCACACAAAGAAGAGCCUCAGAAGAUGAACUCAGGGUCCAGAUAGGUUCCUAUGAGGAGAGGCAGUCCUUGAGGUAUUUCAGUCCUGAGAUGCUUAAGACUUUAUAGGUCAAAAACAGCCCUUUGAAUUGAGCCCAGAAACUAAUUGGCAGUCAGUGCAGUCGGGCCAUUUGCAAGGUUGACACAUGUGGUUAAAUAUCCUGGAAAAAAGGAAGGGACGUUUGAGAUUAUUAUUAUUUUUUUAGCAAACUGGAAUUGGUUUGUGAGCUUUUGGAACACCUGUUUUAAUCAAAGCAUUUUUUUUUUUUACACUUGGUUGGUGAGCUGUAUAAAGUGAAUGGAUGUAAUAGUAUGAACUGUACAUGCAUAUGGAACGAUGUAUCUGGUAUGCAAUCUUUUGGAAUUAAUAAAAAACUGAAAAUG